AUGUCUGGCACAGCAGACAAUCACGGCGAAAAGACGGCCGUGGGCCGUCCAGGGCCGCAGUUGCAUCCCGACGAGGAGGCUCGCGAUGCCGACGACCUAGAUAAGGCGAUGACCUACGCCAUUGACGAGAUCGAGGAGCACUUUGACAUCGAGUCCGACAACUCGCCGUACCCCGAAGUCCGCGCCAACGUGCCUAACACGGACGACCCGUCCAUGCCCGUCAACACGCUCCGCAUGUGGGUUCUCGGCGUCCUCUUCACCGUGAUCGGCUCCGGCAUCAAUCAGUUCUUCUCUAUGAGGUAUCCGGGCGUCACCAUCUCGUCUCUGGUGGCACAACUCAUCGCCUACCCCGUCGGCUGCGCCGUGGCCCGUAUCCUGCCAGUGAAGAAGGUGCGCGUCUUUGGCCGCUGGGACUUGGUGAUCAAUCCGGAUCACUACUUCAACAUCAAAGAGCACGCGGUCAUCACCAUCAUGUCCAACCUGUCAUUUGGACCGUCGUGGGCUACUGACAUCAUUCAAGCGCAGAAGGCGUCGGCGUUCUACGGGCUCGACACACCGGUCGCGUACCAAUUCCUGCUAGGCCUCUCGAUGCAACUAUUCGGUCUUGGUAUGGCUGGAUUGGCGUAUCGCUUCAUCGUAGAACCUCCUCGCAUGAUCUGGCCAUCGACGCUGGCCAACGCGGCGCUAUUCCAGACACUUCAUGGCCGGGCGAACCCUAUAGCAGAUGGCGUAGAGAACGUUGUGGUCAACAAUCUAUUCGGCAUGUCGACUGGCCUGGCCUAUCUACCCAUUACCUUUGACUGGUCUCAAAUCGCCUACAACGGAUCGCCUUUGGUCGUUCCUUUCUGGGCACAAGCUAAUGUUUUUGCCGGCUGGGUCAUCCUCUUUGCUCUCGUAACACCGAUUCUAUAUUACACCAACACGUGGUAUACCGCAUUCCUCCCCUUCUCAGGCGCAGAUACCUACGACAAUACCGGCAAGAUCUAUAAUGCUACUCGCGUGGUAGGUAAAGAUGGCAACUUCAUUGUGGAGGAGUAUGAGAAAUACAGCCCUCUCUUCAUGCCCGUCACCUUCGCGCUCAGCUAUGGUAUAUCGUUUGCGACGAUGACCUGCGUGCCGACCUACAUUUUCAUCAACUACUACAAAGACAUCAUCGGCGCAUUCAACCCGAGCAGGAAGAAGGAUAUCCACACCCGCCUGAUCGAGAGAUACCCAGACACACCAUGGUGGUGGUACGGCAUCAUGACUGCCGUCGUGCUGGCGUUGACAAUCAUCGUGCAAGAGGUCUACAAAACCCAAAUGCCUGUCUGGGGCGUUUUCAUUGCCUUUGGGUUAGCUCUGAUCUACCUGAUCCCGACCGGUAGCGUCUACGCCGUCGCAAACCUCAACAGCAACGUCCUCACGGUCCUGGGCGAAAUUAUUUCGGGAUACGCCAUUCCGGGAAAGCCCAUCGUCAUGCUCAUUUUCAAGUUCUACGCCUACACGGGGCUCAGCCAGGCCAUGAUCUUCUCCUCGGACAUGAAACUCGGCCUGUACAUGAAGAUUCCCCGGAGGACGCUGUUUGUAGCCCAGUUGGCGGCUUGCAUCACAGGCUCUCUCACACAGAAUGCCGUUCUCCUGUGGAUGCUGAACCACGUCAAGGACAUUUGCCACGAAAGCCAGCUCAAUGGCUACACCUGCCCGCAAGGGCGGGUCAACUUCUCUUCGAGCAUCGUUUGGGGUGCCAUCGGCCCAGCGCGGCUAUACAGCGUGGGGAAGAUCUACUCUGGUCUACUUCAUCUCUUCUGGAUUGGGGCACUGUUGCCUGUGGUGACAUUCUUUCUCAAGAGGAGGUUCCCAGAGAAUAAGUUCCUGAGAUACCUUCACUGGCCUCUCUUCUUUGCAGGAACGGGCAACGUUCCUCCCGCCACAGGGAUCAACUACACCUCGGCUUUUGUCGUCUCCUUCAUCUUUAACAAGUGGCUUAAAGGCAAAUUCCCCCAGUGGUGGGCAAAGUACAACUAUGUCCUAUCUGCCGCUCUCGACUCUGGCCUAGCCAUAUCCGCCAUAGUCAUCUUCUUUGCUCUCGUUUUCCCCGGUGUCCAGCUUAGCUGGUGGGGUAAUAAUAUUCAGCGUUCGACCAUCGACGGCCAAGGCGUUCCCUUGAAGGCUGUACCGUUGAAUGGCACUUUUGGCCCGGCAACCUGGUCUUAG